AUGUCGUUGAGAAACACAAUCACUAACUCAGUUACCUUUCUAGUCUGUCCUCCGCAACAUCAAGUCCCUCGCCCCCUCCUGGACCGCGUCCUGGUCCAGCGCAUCAAGCCCGAGGCCAAGACUGCCUCCGGUAUCUUCCUCCCCGAGGCUGCCGUCAAGGAGCAGAACGAGGCUCAGGUCCUCGCCGUCGGCCCCGGUCUCCUUGACCGCGACGGCAAGCGUAUCCCCAUGGGUGUCACUGCCGGCGACAAGGUCCUCAUCCCCCAGUUCGGUGGUAACGCCAUCAAGGUCGGCGAGGAGGAGUACACCCUCUUCCGGGAUCACGAUAUCCUGGCCAAGAUCAAGGAGUAA